ACUCUCUAUCGAGAUGCGGGUUGAAUAGAUUUUCAGAUACAAGAUGAACAACAUAAAGUUCAUAUUUCAAUCUACUAUAAUUAAUUUUUUUUUCUACAAUCUGAUUUGAUUUUGAAUUAUAACUUCAAUUCUCAUUACUGCUGAAUAGAAAAUUGAUUUUUAUUAGGAAUGUUCGUGCUGAACACAUUUUCAAAAGUAUGAUAUUGGAAGUGAUUUCACUCAUUAAGCAUAAAAAUGUUCGUUUUCAUAUUUAAAGAUUAUCUACUAUUUUUUCAUUUCCAAAAUCGAGAUUUAACUCCCAAUAUAAAUAGUAAAAGUGAAAAAGAAAUGACAAGGCCUUCUAUUAUUUUCACAUUAAUUUGACCACCAUCUUUAACGUCAUACGUUCGCAGUAAUGGUGGAAUGGUAAAUUUCAGGUUGUCAUUUUAAAUUGCAAAUAACACGUGAAUUGUGGAAGUUUUUGAUAAAUAAACUUUCAUCAUGCCGAAGAAUAAAGGAAAGGGAGGUAAAAAUCGUAGAAGAGGAAAGAACGAAAAUGAAACUGAAAAGAGAGAAUUGGUCUUCAAAGAAGAUGGGCAAGAAUACGCUCAAGUCACAAAAAUGCUGGGAAACGGGCGCUUGGAAGCUAUGUGCUUUGACAGUGUGAAGCGACUUUGUCAUAUACGAGGGAAACUCAGAAAGAAGGUUUGGAUCAACCAAGGUGAUAUUAUUCUGAUAGGUCUUCGAGAUUAUCAGGAUGCCAAAGCCGAUGUCAUCCUAAAAUACACUCCCGACGAGGCUCGCAAUCUCAAAACCUACGGCGAAUUUCCCGAAACAGUACGUAUCAACGAAACUGUCACAUUCGUCGAAGAUGGUUUUGAUGAAGACAUUGAAUUCGGUGAUGAGAUUAGUGACGAAGGCGAGGCUGAUCCUGUUGAUGCUGUAAGUUGAUUACAUAUAUUUCAAUUUCUUCUAUUAUCUCAUCCAAAUCUGAAUAACAUACCAAAUGUAUGAUCCGAUGCUGACUUACAACGUGAAUCUCAUUAUAGUCUUGUUUCAAAGGUAAACUCAGGUUUUUACUAAUAGU